AUGGGAUGGGAGGAGAUUGCACGGGCGAAACGAGUUAGUCGUGACAACGCCAUCCCCUCAGAAUGGCAGCUGCGGCCCGGUCAAGUCCCAGAGGAACAGCUUAAUGUUUUCGAAGUUCCGGCCGAGUGCGGAAUUCUGACGGCUCGAGAGCUGAAAAUAACAGAGACAGAUGCAGAAGUCCUGGUGCAGAAGCUUCUAAACUGCGAAUACAGCUCGCAUGAAGUAACACUCGCAUUCUGCAAGCGAGCUGCAAUCGCACAGCAACUGGUCAACUGCCUCAGCGAAAUCUUCUUUGACACAGCGCUCGAGGCUGCUCAACAACUCGACAAGGAAUAUGCAGCCACCGGAGUACCACGCGGUCCUCUUCAUGGUCUGCCUGUCUCCCUCAAAGAUUGCUUCCCCAUCGAAGGCACUGAUGCCACCAUCGGCUAUACCGCAUUCGCCAACGCCCCGACAACAGAGGACGAGGAGGCUGAAAUCACAAAGAUAAUGCGGGAAAGCGGCGCAAUCUUGUUUUGCAAAACUAACACUUACAAUGCCAUCUACGGCUACACCUCCAACCCUUACAAUAGAUCCCUCUCCAGCGGUGGCUCAUCAGGCGGUGAAGGUGCUCUUCUAGCUCUACGGGGAUCUCCUCUAGGCGUGGGAACAGAUGUGGGAGGAUCUGUUCGAAUACCUGCCUCAUUUUGCGGUCUAUACUCGCUUAAGCCUUCAGCUGGCCGCUUCCCUACAUUAGGCCUUCGCGAUGGUAUGGAGGGUCAAGAAACGGUUCGAAACUCAGUUGGACCCAUGGCGAACUCCCUAGCCGCGAUUGAGCUAUGGAGUCGGGCGGUCCUGAAAAGCGAGCCAUGGAUGAGUGCUGAUCCGCACUGUCUACCUAUUCAAUACCGUGAUGUUGAGGUACCAAAAAGGCUCUGCUUCGGUCUUCUCCUCGACGAUGGGAUCGUCAAGCCUCUGCCUCCAGUCACUCGUGCGUUGCUUCAGACUAAAGCAGCUUUGGAAGCGGCGGGACAUACUGUCAUUCAAUUUCAUCUUGACGAUCCUUUAUACACCGAUAACCUCAAGUACUCCCUGUAUCGCUCCGCUGCUGCAGACCUAGUUCACAAGAUACUCACCAGGACACAAGAGCCGUGGCCACGGGGCAUGGAGAUGCUCGAGGCAAUGGUCAACGACGAUGAUAAAGGCCGAGCGACGGUCUCCGAACUCUGGGAAGCGCAGACCAAGCGCACGGAAUACGCCAGGCGGGUUCUUAAGGCAUGGGCGGGCACAAAGACCAGAACGGGGACAGACCGCGAGAUGGAUGCUCUACUCAUGCCAUGCACCCCGUGGCCGUCAUGUGAAAAGUAUGGGUUUACGUACGAUAACUACACGAGUCUGUGGAACGUGCUCGACUACUGCGCGACAACGGUUCCGGUAACACAUGUGUCGCUAGCCAAAGACGUAAAGCCUGAGUAUGAGUGCCGCAACGAGGCCGAGGAAAGUGUGUGGAAAGAUUAUAGACCUGAGAGCUUGAUUGGUGCUCCUGUUGCAGUACAACUGGUUGGCCGCCGGCUGAACGAAGAGUAUCUUUUGGGAGUGACACGGGUGUGCGACGAUGCCGUAGGAGCUUCUAGUUUCUAG